AUGGCAGCGGAUUUAAAUUUUAGACUACCCCAGGAGGGUACUAACCUCACUAGUGUUAGAGAAUCCCUCCCUGAGUAUCAAAACUCAGGCUGCCCUACGUACUCUGGGGAGGGCAAAAGUCCGCUUUAUAAACCACCUAAGCGUAAAAGGCGCAAAAAGUCAUCCAAACCACCACCUGUGCUAUCAGUAGACUUCUGCAAUGUGAGAGGCUUACACUCCAACCUCAAUGCCGUCCACCACCACCUGGAGACGGCAAAGCCAGACUUAUUAUUUCUGACAGAGACUCAAAUUCGUCCUCCUCUUGACACAUCAUACCUUCACUACCCAGGUUACAAACUGGAGCACACUUUUAUUCCUAAAGCUGGUGUAUGUGUUUUUGUAAAGGAGGAUAUUAGUUGUCGUCGCAUCAACAAUCUCGUUAGCUCUAACCUGUCAACUCUCUGGCUUCGUAUAGACUGCAAUGACCAUCCUCGGGUCUAUGCGUGCGUGUACAGGUCGCAUAGUGGUGAUGCUGAAACCGACCGGCUUAUGGAGCACCUUCAAAUCACAGCUGACGCAGUACUCGAACAGAUCCCCUCUGCUGAAAUCAUCGUCUUAGGCGAUUUUAAUGCCCAUCAUAUUCAAUGGUUAGGGUCACGGCUUACUGACCAUGCGGGGAGAUCAGUUUACGACUUUGCAUUGGCUAAUGGUCUAAAACAACUGGUGGCUUCGAUCACGCGGCUGCCAGAUAUCGUGGACCAUACUCCUUCCAUGCUAGACCUCCUGCUCACCUCCCACCCGGAUAACUAUCGGGUCGAUACAGUCGCCCCUCUAGGCACAUCAGAUCAUUGCCUGAUUCGCAGUGUGGUGCCAAUCUUGCGCUCAAGGCGGCCCCGAUCAGGUGGCUGCCGUCGCGUUUGGCACUACAGAGCGGCUGAUUGGGAUGGGAUGCGGGAGUUCUUUUCAUCCUACCCCUGGAAGCAAGUUUGUUUUGCACACGAUCCUAGUGCUUAUGCUGACUCUGUCGCGGAUGUGAUACUGCAGGGAAUGGAACUUUUCAUACCGAGUUCUGUAGUUCCCAUCGGCGGCAAGUCCCAGCCUUGGUACGGUCAUCUCUGCAAAGUGGCAUUUCGCCAGAAGCAGGAAUGUUUCCGUAAUUGGGCAGACGCAUUAUUUAAACAGGAUCCGAAUACCAGUGCUCUUAAAAAACAAUAUAACUUUGCCUCCAGACACUACAAAAGGAAAAUAAGCAUUGCAAAGUCCGAGUUUAUAAGCGGUAUUGGCAAGAAACUGACACGCUACCCUUCUGGUAGCCGAGCUUUCUGGUCACUUGCUAAAGCCGCCCAAGGAAACUUCUGUCAGCCGACGUUCCCACCUUUGCGCCGGGAAGAUGACACCUUGGCACACUCGCCCAAAGAGAAAGCCGACCUAUUGGGCGCUCUCUUCGCUUCCAAUUCCACCUUGGACGAUGGGGGAAAGGUACCGCCUACCAUCUCACGGUGCCAGUACUUUAUGUCCGAUGUGCGCUUUACACAAAGUAAAGUGCGAAAAGUACUUUUCUCUCUAGACACCCAUAAAGCGAGUGGCCCGGAUGGUAUCCCUGCAAUUGUCUUGAGAACGUGUGCUCCAGAAUUGGCUCCCGUUUUUUCGCACUUGUUUCAACACUCCUAUGAUGUCGGCAUUGCCCCUGCUUCGUGGAAAACCGCCGCAGUGCACCCGAUCCCUAAGAAAGGCGAUCAAUCGGACCCCUCUAACUACAGGCCCAUUGCUAUUACCUCUUUGCUCUCAAAAGUCAUGGAAGGCAUAAUCAACCGUCAGCUCUUAGGUUACCUAGAGGAGAACCAGCUGAUCAGUGACCAUCAGUAUGGCUUUCGCCAUGGACGAUCAGCUGGUGAUCUCUUGGCCUUUCUAACUCACCGAUGGGCUGCGGCUAUUGAGAGUAAAGGGGAGGCACUAGCCGUUAGUCUUGACGUCGCAAAAGCCUUUGAUCGGGUGUGGCACCGGGCUCUCCUUUCGAAGCUUACAUCAUAUGGACUCCCCGAGAAGUUACGCACAUGGAUAGCCAGCUUUCUUGCAGCACGAAAUAUUCGGGUCGUGGUCGAUGGAUCGAGCUCGGAUCUUAUGCCUGUGAACGCUGGCGUCCCCCAAGGCUGUGUUCUUUCACCCACACUAUUCCUUCUGCAUAUCAAUGACAUGUUACAAAUUAGUAACAUUCAUUGCUAUGCAGAUGAUAGUACUGGAGACGCCUCUUACACUGGCCAUGCUAACUUCUCGCAUGAAAUUGUCGAUGAGUGCAGAAACACUCUUGCGUUGAAAAUCGAAACUCUUUUGGGAGAAGUUUCAGAGUGGGGUCGUCAAAACCUCGUCGAGUUUAACCCCGCUAAGACGCAACUAUGUGCUUUUACGGCCAAAAAAAAGCCAUUUGAAUCAGCUCCCCUCUUUUUGAACACUCCCCUCAGCGUCAAGCCUAGCAUCGCAAUUCUUGGCGUCAAUGUUUCUAACGAUGUUCAGUUUCGCGAUCAUUUGGAAGGUAAAGCUUCUCUAGCUUCUAAAAAACUGGGCGUCCUUAAUAGAGCGAAGCAGUACUUCAGGCCCGACCAUCUUCUUUUACUUUAUAAAGCUCAGAUACGGCCACACAUGGAGUACUGCUCACAUCUCUGGGCUGGUGCCCCGUUUUACCAACUCCUUCCACUUGAUCGCGUACAACGUAGAGCAGUUAGAAUGAUUGGCGACCCAAGACUUAGCGAUCAACUUGACCCUCUUGCCUUGCGAAGGGACAUUGCCUCGCUGUGUGUCUUCUAUCGCAUAUACCAUGGGGAGUGUUCAAAUGAGCUAUUCGAGCUCAUACCUGCUGCGGAAUUCCAUCACCGCACCGCCCGCCAUAAAGCCAACUUCCAUGCACAUCAUUUGGACCGCUGGCGAACGAGUACCGUACGCUUCUCGCGACACUUUUUUCCACGUACCACCACCCUGUGGAACAGUCUGCCAAGUUCGGUGUUUCCGCACAUGUAUGACUUAGACUUAUUUAAAAAGAGAGCCUACACCCACCUUCGAAAGUCGGUAACAGCCUCACAAAGGUAA